AUGUCCAUACUUAAGCACCUUCCCAAACGAGGUUUAUUCUAGUUUAGCAAUUAAGAAUACAAAUCUAACAUUAAAAAUACCUUAGCUUCUUCAUAAAGGAAAUACAAGCUACUUAAAUACAAGAAUUUAGAUGACUCAGAAUGCAAGAUCAAUGUUUAUGGAAUACCUAUCAUCCCCUCAAAAUAAUCAGCCAAUGAAUAUACAUCAGAUAAUGAGCAAGACAGUCAGUUAUUUAGAGAUAUGGAAAGAAACUUACCAUAGCUAUAGAUAGUUUAGAUAGAUCCUAUGUGGUAUAUGUAUCAUUGUAGACAGUUCUCAAUCAAAUAUUUGCCAUCAAUUAAAGAUCAAUUUCAGCAAGGUAAAUUGGGAAUAUUUGGCAAGGACCAUAAGCUACCAUUUGAAGACUAGAAAGGGAUGCCAAUGCAUGAGUAAAAAUCACUUGAAAAGAUAUUUUCUUUAUACUUUCCAUUCAAUUGGACUGAAACUGAAGUAUCUGUUGAUACUCUUAUGCUUUUAGCUGAUCCUGAAAAUCUCACACCUUAAAGAAUUAAGAAAAUUUAAGAGUUUGAUGUGACAAAGGAUGAGUGCUAGCAGGAAAGAGAGUUAUUGUUGAAGGGGAUGGAAACGAAGUUGAUAUCAAAUAAAUACCCUUCCAUAUUCCAUGAUCUUAACAGAGUUCUAUUAGAAAUCCUAAUGCUAAAUGAAAAUUCAGUGUUGCUUGCUGACAUGCCUGAGUUGCUAAAUAGAAUGUAGAUAGCAUCUGUACUUAGUCUGAAGGAGAUGCAAGAGAUAUUUGAUGUAAUAAUGAAUAAAAUUGCUAGAAAGCAGGGACCUCUUUAGUCUGGUGCUGCAGCUAUGUAUCAUUUCCCAGAGAUUUUCCUAAAAAGAAAAGAUCAGUAUUUGGAAUCUUUUAUGCGAUCAGUUAUCGAAGAUGAUGUCUUAAUUAAUCAAAAUAUUAGACAUGUCGAUGCAUACAUUGGAAACAUCCAUUUGAGCCCAGUUUCGAGAAUAUGGAAUACUAAUAAAUCUAGAAGAUAAGAUAAAGGCUAAUCUAAUAUAGAUAGAUCAUAAGAAGAAGAUGUAGAAUAGACAACUGGAGGUAGAGCAGUCAAGCAUCAAUUAAAAAAAUCAGUGAAACCCAAUCCUCUUAACUUAGCAGGCUAAGAAUUAAGAGACUUUCAUUAUAUGAGAUAGAAUUUCGAUGAGCUAGCAGAAGAAAAGAUUGAGAAGUAAGCCUUAAUGGAGGCAUUGUUCCAAACCUAGCUCUGGAGUGAGCCAUAUGUAAAGAAUCCAUUCAUUUAUAUUACUGAUAAUGACUCAGAUUUUGCUGGAGACAAGGGCAAAGAUCUACUGGAAAUGUUCAAGAGAGUGUUCUAUCUGAAUUACUAAAAAUAUAACAACAUCAUUUAGCAGGUCGUGCCUCAAGAGCUGUGGGAGGGUUAAAGACGAGCCUAGAUGGAAUUCCAAUAAAAUUCUUAAAUGCAAUAAGAUGCAGGAUAUGUAAAUGAACUCAUGGGAAAACAUAAAUGA